AGGCAGAGGAGUUCUCAGCUCCUUCCAUCUCUUGUCUUUGCUCUGACUUCUCUCUCAGCCAGCAUGAGUCGGCAGUGUAGCUCCAGGUCCAUGUGCCUGGGCGGCGGCGGCGGCAGGGGCUUCAGCUCCGGCUCCGCAAGCCUAGUCAGCUAUCAGCGCAGAUCCACCAGCAGCUCCAUGCGCCGCGGCGGAGGCGGCAGCGGUGGCGGGAGAUUUUCAGGAGGCUUCUGUGGGAGUUCUGGUGGCGGCAGCGGCGCCGGCUUUGGAAGUAGAAGUCUUGUUAACCUUGGAGGUGGCAGGAGCAUCUCCAUCAGUGUGGCUGGAGGUGGUCGCAGCGGCUUCGGUGGCGGUGGCAGCUUUGGGGGAGGUGGUUUUGGUAGCGGUGGUUUUGGUGGUGGCGGCUUUGGCAGUGGAGGUGGGUUCGGUGGUGGCGGCUUUGGCAGUGGAGGUGGGUUCGGUGGUGGAGGAUUUGGGGGUGGUAGCUUUGGGCCUGUCUACCCCCCUGGUGGCAUCCAGGAAGUCACUAUCAACCAGAGCCUACUACAGCCCCUCAAUGUCGAGAUCGACCCGCAGAUUCAAAAAGUGAAGUCUCAGGAGCGGGAGCAGAUCAAGACCCUCAAUAACCAAUUUGCCUCCUUCAUUGACAGGGUGCGAUUCCUGGAGCAACAAAACCAGGUGCUCCAAACCAAGUGGGAACUGCUGCAGCAGGUGGACACCUCCACCCGGACCCACAACCUUGAGCCUAUGUUUGAACAGUACAUUAGCAUGCUCAGAAAGCAAGUGGAUGCCCUGAAGAAUGACCAGUCACGGAUGGAUUCCGAGCUGAAGACCAUGCAGGACAUGGUGGAAGACUACAGGAACAAGUAUGAGGACGAGAUUAACAAGAGGACAAAUGCAGAAAAUGAGUUUGUGACCAUCAAGAAGGAUGUGGAUUCAGCUUAUAUGAACAAAGUGGAACUUCAGGCCAAGGUGGACAACCUACAGCAAGAGAUUGACUUCCUCACAGCACUCUACCAGACGGAAUUGUCUCAGAUGCAGACUCACAUCAGUGAGACCAACGUCAUCCUCUCCAUGGACAACAACCGCAGCCUGGACCUGGACGACAUCAUCUCAGAAGUCAAAGCCCAGUAUGACAGCAUUUGCCAGAGGAGCAAGGCUGAAGCCGAGAGCUUUUAUCAGAACAAGUACGAAGAGCUGCAGAUCACGGCUGGCAAACAUGGUGACAGUGUGAAGAGCUCUAAGAUGGAGAUCUCUGAGCUGAACAGAAUGAUCCAGAGACUUCGAUCUGAAAUUGAUGGCGUCAAGAAGCAGAUCUCCCACUUGCAGCAGAACAUCAGCGACGCGGAGCAGCGUGGCGAGAACGCGCUCAAAGAUGCUCAGAACAAGCUGAACGAGCUGGAAGACGCCAUGACACAAGCCAAGGAGGAUCUCGCCCGGCUGCUGCGUGACUACCAGGAGCUCAUGAGCGUCAAGCUGGCCCUGGACAUGGAGAUCAUCACUUACAAGAGACUGCUGGAAGGGGAGGAGAUCAGGAUGUCUGGAGAAUGCACCCCCAGCGUGAGCGUGUCGGUGAGCACCAGCCACACCAGUAUGAGCGGAAGCAGUAGCCGAGGAGGCGGCAGCUACGGCUCUGGAGGCGGCGGCGGCCGCGGCGGCGGCUCUGGCGGCGGCAGCUACGGAGGGAGCUCCGGCGGCGGCAGCUACGGCGGCGGCUCUGGCGGCGGCAGCUAUGGUGGCUCCGGAGGCAGCGGUGGGGGCCACCGAGGUGGCUCCGGAGGGGGCGGUGGCAGCUCCGGAGGCAGCUAUGGUGGUUCCUCUGGAGGAGGCCGGGGAGUUCCUAGCUCCGGGGGCGUUAAGUCCUCUGGUGGCAGUUCUAGCGUGAAGUUUGUUUCCACCAGUUACUCCCGAGGGACCAGAUGAAGAGGUGCUCACCACCCCAUAAGCUCUCCUUUCCAUCAAUGUGGCUGGCAAGACCAAGAUCAAUUGCACCAGCCCCUUAGUGGAGAAA